AAAAAUUAGAUUCAACGAUAUAUGGCCAUCCAAACUCUCCUCUUUGCUUCACUUCUCAUAGUCUCAUUCAUCGAUUCAAACCUUGGAGGAACUAAAGAUAGACUCUUAUCUGAGCUCCAAAACUCACUCGAUGUCACCGCUAAACCCGCCCAAGAUGGUGUAGUUUUGGAAGCUGGAAAAGAUAUGGUGACAAUUACAUGGAAGCUAAAGUCGUCGGCCAAGGUCGAUGCUGAUGCUGCCUUCAAGACAAUCCAAGUCAAGCUUUGUUAUGCACCAAUAAGCCAAGUUGAUAGACCGUGGCGCAAGACUUAUAACGAGCUCCGUAGGGACAAAACCUGCCCUCAUGAGAUUGUGUCCAAGCUAUAUGACAGGACCCCUCAAUCACUUGAUUGGACCGUCCAACUUGAUAUCCCCACUGGAACCUACUUCGUACGUGCUUAUGGAAUUGAUGGAGAUGGCCACGAAGUAGCAUACGGGCAGAGCUCGGACGAGGGCAGGACGACGAAUCUCUUCAGCGUUCAGGCCAUUAGCGGUGGACAUGUGUCGCUAGAUAUAGCAUCCAUAUUUUUCAGCGUGUUCAGCGUUGUUUCUCUGUUAGUCUUCUUUGUCAGGGAGAAGAGGAAGGCCAAGUUAGGUCAAAGGAAGUGA